AUGAAAACCCUGCACCAAGUCGCGAGUCGAGUUUUGUGGUCUGGUGGACUCAGCGCAUCUGGAAGCUCUGGUUUGAGAUGGGAGUUCGAAGAGUCGAGGGGAUCUUGGGUUGCGGGGGAAAGGUGUGGGCGAUGCGGUGGUCAAUCUCGGAAGGAAUUGAACAAAGUGAAGGUCGAAGUUCUGGUCCGUUUCCGCCUGACAUUUCAGGCAUCGACGGAUCACCUUCACCUUCAGCUUAUCGCAGCUCUUAUCGACUCUGCCUCCUUCCAGCAAGUGGAAAACGUCAUGGAUCCCAACCAAACUGCAAAAUUCCCUCUGCAUGAGGCUGCCCGGGAGGGUAGGAAUCAGGUUGUCGAGUCCCUUCUCAACGCAAAUCCCAAGUCUGCCUUUGUGAAAGACGAAGAUGAUCGUCUUCCUAUUCACUGGGCUGUAGCCUAUAACCAUAUGCCCGUUGUGGAGCUGCUUGUCUCCAUGAAGAACUUUGAUCCCGAUGUUGAAGAUGGCUCCGGCUGGACCCCGCUGAUGAUUGCGGCCAGUCUCAAGGAUGCUGGGGGUGAUCAAAUCCUCGAGCUCCUACUGCGUAAAGGUGCCGAAGUAUCCGUGAAGAGCAACUCGGGACAGAACGCGUUGCACUUUGCAAGCUCCAAGGCCAACAUCUCCACUGUACGAAUCCUGAUCGCCAACAAAUGCAGUGCUCGGGUUAAAGAUAUCCGCGGUCAACUGCCCCUACACCGAGCGGCAGCUGUAGGAUCUGUCCCUAUCCUGCAGAACCUCUUAGAGGAAGGGAAAAGUCCCGUCAAUGCGACAGACGGGGAUGGCAUGACGGCUCUUCACCAAGCCAUUUCCGAGGGCCAUGGCCCUGCUGCCAUUCUCCUACUCAAGUCCGGCACCGAUGCUGAGAAGAGAGAUAACGACGGAAAAUUGGCAAUUGAACUGGUUCCAGAUGACAAGGUUAAGCAGUAUAUUCUGCAAACUGCUGAACGGGAGGGGAUUGAGCUACCUUGA